AUGAACACAGUGUUGCUGUUCUUUGUGGCCAGCUGCCUCCUUGUUUCUAAUGGAGACAUGACCAUCAGUCGCUGUGAAUUGGCCAAGAUACUCCACCAGGAAGAUUUGGAUGGGUUUGAAGGCUACUCCCUGAAUGACUGGCUGUGCCUGGCUUUCGUGGAAAGCAACUUCAACAUAUCAAAGGUACAUGAAAACGCAGAUGGCAGCUUUGAUUAUGGCAUCUUCCAGAUCAACAGUCAUUACUGGUGUAACGACUACCAGAGUCACUCGGAAAACUUCUGCCACAUGGACUGUCGAGAUAUACUGGACCCCAGGCUUAUCUCAGCCAUCAAAUGUGCAAAGAAGAUUGUUACUGGAUUAGGGGGAAUGAAGAACUGGGCAAAAUGGAAGUUGCACUGUUUAGGACGGACACUCUCCUACUGGAUGACAGGCUGUCAGUUGGGAUGA